CAUUAUGCAGUACUGGGACUCCGAAAGCACUGGUACAAGGCCUCUGAUGAUGACAUCAAAAGAGCGUACCGCACGAUGGUUCUGUGGCACCACCCAGACAAGCGGCGAGCAGCUGGGGAGGAGGUGAGGGAUGACGAUGACUACUUCACCUGCAUCACCAAAGCCUAUGAGAUUCUCGGGGACCCCAUCAAGCGACGCUCCUGGGAGUCGGUGGACCCAGAGUUUGAUGACGAGGUGCCGGCUGUCAGUGCACACAAUAAGGCAAACUUCUUCCAGAUUUUCACAGGGGUGUUUGAGUGCAAUGCUCGUUGGUCCACCCACAAGCACGUUCCUGGCUUGGGCAAACCUGAUGACACCAAACAAAAGGUUGAUCGCUUCUAUGGAUUCUGGUACGACUUUGAUUCCUGGCGAGAGUUUUCAUAUCUGGAUGAGGAGGAAAAGGAGAAGGGACAGGACCGGGAGGAGCGUCGAUGGAUAGAGAAGCAGAACAAGGUAGAGCGAGCGAGGCGUUGGAAGGAGGAGAUGGGUCGAUUGCGCAGGCUAGUUGACAAUGCAUAUGCCUGUGACCCAAGGAUAGCCAAAUUUAAAGAAGAAGACAAGGAAAGAAGACUGGCUCAGAAAAAGGCAAAAGCAGAGGCAAUCAGGCAAAAACAAGAAGAGGAGGAGAGGGUAAGGCAGGAAGCUGAGGAAGCAGAGAGAAAGAAAAGAGAAGCAGAGGAGGCAGAGCAAAGAGCAAAACAGGAGGUAGAAAAGAAGGAAAGAGAGGUGCUGAAGAAAGCAUUCAAAAAAGAGAGGAAGAUGCUGCGGACUCUCUGUAAGGACAACAGUUACUUUGCAUCAGAGGAGGGGGAGCGAGUGCAGACCAUGACAGAUGUGGAGCUGCUGUGUGAGGCACUGGAGCUGACCCGCCUGGAGGAACUCAACAAGGAACUAGCACAAGUGGCCCAGGACAAGAUGCAAGGGUGGGAGGUACUCAUGAAGGAGGUGAGUGAGGUGCGCAACAGGAUCAAAAAGGAGAGGGAGGAGGUGGCAGCAGCGGCAGCAAGGGGAGGGGGUGGAGGAGGAGGGGAAGGUUCAUCACUCAAAGUCUGGAAUCAAGAUGACCUCCAGCUGCUCAUCAAAGCCGUCAACCUCUUCCCUGCCGGCACAACAAAGAGGUGGGAGGUUGUGGCAGAGUAUAUCGACCAACACACAGCCACCAGCAUCACCAGGCUGGCCAAGGAGGUGCUCAAUAAGGCCAAGGAGCUGCAACACUCAGACAAGCACAUGAGGGAGGCAGCCAACAAGAAUGCCUACCACAGCAUGGAGAAGGCACAGGCUCGGCAGGUGAUCAGCGACACCACAGCCUCCCAGAGAUAUGACACACCACAGGAGAUGCUGGGGAUGAACACUGCUGCUUGGGGAGCUGAGGAACAGAGGUUGCUGGAGCAAGCCCUCAAGACCUAUCCAGUCUCUACUCCUGACCGCUGGGAUCGCAUUGCCAAGUGUGUCCCCAACCGAACUAAGAAAGACUGCAUGAGGCGCUAUAAAGAGCUUGUUGAGAUGGUGAAGGCAAAGAAGGCGGCUCAGGCUGCUGCAGUGGGAAAAAAGUGAGGAGCCAAACCCUGCUGUCUUCUUUCCUUUGUGUUGCCCUUUAGGUAGUGAGGAGAGACAGGUACCAGCAGGAGCAGUAGUGUUAACAACAGCAGGAUGGGGAGCUUCAGCAAGAUCCUGCCAUACUCCUGCUAUGAGCUCGGCCACUGCUGGAAACACUCGUGCUCCUCAGCCUCCUUUGAAAUCUGUAUCAUUGGGUUCAUUGAAAGCAUCAAAAUCUAUGGUGUGGUGUACUUGCUAACCGGUCUUGUGAAUGCUCGGAAAAUAAGUAUGAAGUAUGGAAAAAAAGCUCUUGAAGAACUACUUAACAUCAGUUUGUUUCCUGACAGUCAAUGCUUUUGGGUACAUUGGCUCCUACUGUGUUGUCAGAAGGUGGAAUUUGAGUCGGCCAAGCUUCAGAAAUGCAGGAAGGAUUAGCGGUGAUGACUGCAGGCUGCCAUCGACCCGCAGGUCAUCACAGGAAUCAAAUGCAGCAUCAGUAUGGCUCACCAAAACACUUCCCCUCACACUGGUGGUGUUGACCUGCCUUGUGAACACCUGCCCUCCUGUGUUCCUGCCCUUAAUAGCCCUCCAGGUGACAUCAGAAUGUGGAUGAGGGGACAAGAGAGCCAGUGUUCCAAGUACCACCACCAUCACCACUGCCACCACCACCACCACCACCACCAUCAGGAGCACAGAUUCACUGAAGUCUCUACCAAGAUUUCUUUGAGUUUUUUGAUAAAUUUAACUUCCAGGAGAGAGAGAGAGAUGCUGAUUGUUAAAGGG